AUGGCGACUAGUGCAUUGUUAUCUUAUACAGAGAGCGUGUGUCUAGCAGUAGUCCUAGAAGACGCAUUAAACCAACUAUCCGUACUCGACGAUCUACCCUCCCUUCCAAACGAUGACAAGUCAUUAAAAACACUUUCAGGAAAACAAUCCAAAUCAUCAAGCAACACAGCCCAAAAUACCGCUCGAGUUGCUCUAGAGCGCGCCAAUACAGAGGCAUUGCUGUCAAGAGCAGCAAGAGAGAUACGUGAAGUAAGACAGUUUACGAGUCUAUCGAAUGCCGUUAAAGAGGAAUCUGAGAGGAGGCAUGCGCUUCAGAAUACGUUGGAAAGAGAAAAUGCAGCCGUCUCAAAACUCGCAUCCCUAAAACAAGACCUCGCCCGUGAGAAAACCCUUCUCGAAGAAGAAUUAACAGAAGCAUCUCAAGCCGCUCAAGAAUUACGAGACACGAUAUCUGAAGUCACCGUUUCAGCCACUGUCGAACAGAAGUUCAUACGUAAAGAAACGGUUGCGCAUGAAGAAUCUGCACGUCAACAAUGCUCAACUAUAGAGACUAAGCUGAUGGAAGAGAAUCAGUUAUGGUUACGGAAGAUUGAGUUGGAGGAUGUGGCACAUGAGAAGAUUAUGGAGUUUUUGACUAGGCAGAGAGAGGAUGUUGAGCGACAAGUGGAAGAAUGGAUGGUCAAAUAUGAACAAGACACUGAAGCCAAAGCAACCGCCAUCGAAAACAUCAAACACGAACGUGCAACCAACGUGGACAAAUUCGAACAACUCGUUCAAAUGUUUGAAGAAUUAGAACACGCCAUGGAAGAAGAACGCAAGAAGGCAGAAGAUGAAAAGAAACUCAUGAUGCAAAAGAGUCAAUCUGCUAGACGACUUCAGAGAUGGUGGAGAGGACAGUUGGAGAAGAAGAGGGCUAGUGCAAAGGCUAAGAAACCAAAGGGCAAGAAGAAGUAG